AUGUUGGGACGAGAGGCCUUGGUGCUGUGCGUUGUGGCUGUGGGCUGCCUCUUUCCUCUGGUCUGCUACUCUUGCCCUUCCCAAUGCAGCUGCUUCUACCACAAGCUGAGCGAUGGAUCCAGAGCAAGGAGUGUCCUCUGUAACGACCCAGACAUCACAGUGGUGCCCUCCAACAUCCCUCUGGACACGGCCAAGCUGCGCAUCGAGAAGACCCACAUCUCGCGCCUCUCCAGCCAGGCCUUCCACCACCUGGCGGGCCUGGAGUUCCUCUGGAUGUCCUUCAACUCCCUGGCCUCCGUCAACUCCGACAGCUUCCGCGGCCUCUCCGGCCUGGACGAGCUGCGCCUGGACGGCAACGCGCUCACCUCCUUCCCCUGGGAGGCGCUGACGGACAUGCCCAAGCUGCGCCUCCUGGACCUCCACAACAACCGCAUCCUGCAGAUCCCCAGCGUGGCCACCUACUACCUGAGGAACCUCACCUACCUGGACCUGUCCAGCAACAGCAUCAACACCGUGCCCUACGACGUGCUCCAGUCCUGGCUGACCGUCCGGCCCACCGUGCAGGGCGCUGCAGACAGCGCCAAGCUGAUUCUGGGUCUCCAUGACAACCCCUGGGUGUGUGACUGCCGCCUGUUCGAUCUGCUGCAGUUCCAGAAGACCCCCGCUUCCACGGCGGUGGCCCUCAUCGACACGCGCCUGCGCUGCUCCGAGCCCGAGAGCUUCUCCGGCGUGCUGGUGAGCGACACCAACCUGCGGCAGUGCCAGGCGCCGCGCGUCCACACGGCCGUGGCCCGCGUGCGCAGCUCGGUGGGGAACAACGUCCUGUUACGCUGCGGCACCGUGGGGGUGCCCGUCCCUGAGCUCAGCUGGAGCCGCACCGACCGCAAGCCCAUGAACGCCACAGUCCACCAGGAGGUGUCCAAGGAGGGUAUCAUCUGGUCCAUCCUCAGCGUGCCGGCGGUCUCCUACCGGGACUCGGGGAAAUAUGUCUGCACCGCCACCAACUUUAUAGGCAGCGCCGACGCCAUCAUCUCCCUGAUCAUCUCCGACACCUUCCGCUCCGAGGAGGUCAUGUACGCCGGCGACUCCAACAAAAAGGGCCGCGGCAGGGGAAAGAAGGGCGAGGGCUUCGGCCGCGCGGCCUACCAGGAGAAGCUGAUCGCCAGGUACAUGCCACCGCCGUCCUCCACCGGAGCGUCCAUGCCCAUCAUCGAGCCCGUGGGGGGCACGGGCUCCUCCGUUCAGAUCGAGAGCUACAGCGUUUCAGACGAGGAGGAGGAGGCGAAGCAGAUGGAGUCUUCCACAGGGAUGGACGGAGCGUCUGCCGAGAUAGCCAAGGUGGUGCUCGCCAACCUGGCAGCCAACGCCUCCUUCCUGCAGCAGGGGCCCGAGCGCCGCAUCGUGCGCUCCGUCAAGGUCAUCGGCGAUACGGACCACACGGUGUCGCUCAACUGGCGGGCGCCCAUGGCCACCAACACCACGGCCUUCAGCGUGCUCUAUGCCGUCUUCGGCGAGCGUGACAUGCGCCGCAUCAACGUGGAGCCGGGCAAGAACCGCAUCACCAUCGAGGGCCUGGUGCCCCGCACCAAGUACAUCGCCUGCGUGUGCGUCAAGGGCCUCAUCCCCAAGAAGGAGCAGUGCGUCAUCUUCUCCACCGACGAGGCCGCCAGCGCCAGCGGCACGCAGAAGCUCAUCAACGUGGUCGUCAUCACCGUGGCCUGCGUCAUCGCCGUGCCCCUCACGCUCAUCGUCUGCUGCGGCGCGCUCAAGAGGAGGCUUCAGAAGCUGCUGGGACGCAAGUCCAAGGACAUCCAGGACUCUUAUGUCACCUUCGAAACGCUCUCGCCAGGCGGCACCAAGGCCAAGGGGGGUAUGGAGGGCGAGUACCUGACGCGCCUCAAUCCUGAGGAGUCCAACAGGUUGCUCUCGGCGCGCUCUAGUGUUGACUCCACAGCCACGGCCAGGACUGAAGGUCCCCCCAAUGAGUACUUCUGCUAAGCUGCGCCCCAGUGACGUUCGUUUGUUCGUUCGUUUGUUCGUUCAUUCGUUCGUUCGUUCGUUUGAAAGGGCAAAGAGGCUCAUUUGCUGAAACAUACUGUCAGCUCCUAUUGGGAAGCUUUGAACUUUGAACUUUGAACUUUGAAACAUUGGAACUUUACUUUAAAACGUGCAGCUGUUUGACACAUGAUGGGCCAUCAAUGGGUGCUUCCUCACGCUUUUUGCUCAAGGAGCCCUUUGAUGUUGGAUGUGCCUGGUGGGCUGAUGGACAGAGAUGAUGACUAAAGAUGGAUGCUGCUAGCAGGGACGCUGACAAGGGGGGACAAAGGGGUCAAUUGUCCCAGGCCCAGGAAGAGAGGGGGCCCUCAAUUCGGUGUUCAGUUCAUUGUAUUUAUUAGGUAGGGGGGCCCUUUCAGAUGACUUUGUCCCGGGCCUGGCCAAAGCUGUCAGCGGCCCUGGCUGCUAGUAACGUGCAAAAUGCGUCAUGCAGAAGCAUGCACUAUUUAUUCCAAGAAUCAGGUCACCUUUGCAAGGGAUUAACUGUACUGCAAAAGGGAACCUAUGAAAGAAAGAAAUGUGUAUUUGUGUCAAGAGAACCUGUCGUGGAAGUGGUUGAAGUAUUGUUAUAUGCACUUUUUUUAAGACGUUCCCAAGCAGUGGAGUGUCAUUCACGUGAUGAAAUACCUGAUGCCCGAUUCUUAUUUGAGAGGCUAUUUUUUUAUCCACUCAAACAAUUCAACAAGUACUGUACUGUACUUUGGUCUAGCAGUGUUCGAUUCACAAGAUGUUUGGAAGUAUAGCUGUAGGCCUGAUCAGGAACAGUAUUAUGUCCCUUUUUAUGUAAAAUAUACAUGUACGUACUGUGUGAGUCUAUGUGCCAGGUGUUCUUAUUCUAACCUAAAUCAUGUCUAUAUUUUAUUAUGUAUAUUUAAUGGACGAGGUUGUGUAAGUCAACGUGU